GGGAACUACAAAUGUCAAGCAAAAGAUGAAAGAGAUGAGGGAUGUAAGAAGAGAUGGCAAGGCAAGACAAGGCCACGCAUUCCUUGGUUUGCCCCAAAGGCGGGCAGAAUGUGAUUGGACCGUGUUUCGCGUCCCUAAAGGAGUCCAGGCAUUUUCGUUCUGUAAGAGAAAGAACGUGCUGUUGACAGGUGGAAAGGAUCGAGUAAUUAGAGUCUGGAAUCCUUAUCUUCCUGGAAAACCAACAGGUAUACUGAAAAGCCACACGGCUCCAGUGAUCUACAUCCAUGUGUCUGCUGAGGAUAACAGAAUGUUUUCCAUGUCCACCGACAACACUAUUAAGAUCUGGGAUCUGGAGACCGACAGCUGUCUGUUUACCACCUCUUCCAAAGCCAGCGGCAUUCGGGGCGAGCCCAGGGCCUGCCUCUACCUCCCGGACCCCAGAGCCCUGUGUGCGGCCGCAGACGCCAUCGCCCUCCUACCCCUGAGGCAGAGGUCUCCCCAAGAGCCUGCCCUGGCGGUUUCCCACAGGGAGCCCGUGGUGUGCUGUCAGUACAGCCCCACCUUCAGGCAGGUGGUCAGCUGUUCAGAAGCAUCAGUGGUGAAAGUAUGGGACUGUGAAACGGGAAGGCUGCUGUCUGAAUUUAUUGGGGCUCACGGCAAUGCUGGAAUCACUUGUAUGACCUUCGACUCCAGUGGAAGAAGGCUGGUUACUGGGGGCAGAGAUGGCAGUCUGAAAAUAUGGAGCUACAACAACGGACAUUGUCUGCACACCCUGAAGCAUGAUGAAAAGCAAAGUGAAAUCUGUGAUUGUACCUACUUGGAGGUGAAUCAAAAUAAGUUCAUCAUUGCUGUUGGAUGGGAUAGAAGAAUAAACGUGUACUUUGACACACCGUGUGACUUUCGUCACUUCCGGAAGCCGCAGCCACACUGGCAGGAUGACCUGGACCACGGACACAAGGAGGACAUCCUGUGUGUGGCUCAGUGCCCCUCUUUUCUCCUUGCCACCUCCAGCUAUGGUGGGGAGAUUAUCAUUUGGAAUGUCAUCUCAGGCCACGUGUGCUGCAAACUGAAUACCCCCAGCCCUUCUGAUGGCGCAGAAGAUAGAGAAGGCCCAGACAGAAGUGUUUCCUGCCUCACCUUCCUGAAGACUCGGGCAGCCAACUUGGAAUCAGCGGCCGCUUCCUUGAUCACCAACGGGCCCCAAGGCUCCAUCACCUUCUGGAGGCUGUUUGGCAGGACCUGUCCUAUUGCAAACUUCACUCCUUCCAAAGACAGAGCCCAGGUCAGCAGCAUGGUGGUGACAGCAGGAGAUGCCCAUGCCUACGUGGCUGACCGGGACGGCUUUGUGCGUGUCUAUGACAUCAAGGAGUACGGCAUGUGGGGACCGGAGCUGCAGCCGCCCAAGAAUGCGAUGUUCUGGCGGGCCCAUGUCAGCACGGUGACAUCUUUGGAGCUGAUAGAAGAAGAAAAGCUUCUGCUGUCAUCCUCCCUGGACCACACCGUAUGCCUGUGGAGCACGGACGGGGAGUACAUAGGGACCUUUGGGCAGAGUAGCCCCUGGGAUAUUUUCACUCCUGCCUCCUGGAGCCGGUCUGGAGUGCCCUGUGAAGUUCUGACCGACCCCCAGAGCAUGCCUGCUCACCCAGCACUAGAAAGAAGUGUUCCCGCCACACUCACAGGAGAGGAGGAGCAAGAGAAGGCGGUGGAGGGCAAGGCCGGUGCUGAGCCUGGAGAGACCUCUCACCCUCGCUCUCGUGAAGACUCCGUCCUCAAAGUCGACAUGAAAGAAGACACACAUCAAUGGGACGCGUUUUGCAGAGCCCUGUGCUGCCAUUGUGACCUCUUGAGGGAGUGGCAUGGGGGGCGGGGCUUGGGGUUCCCAAAGCUGGGAGAGCCUGGGGUACGCAGGGCUCUGUGUUCCUGCCAGUCUCCCCGCACUGGGCCCUGGGUGCUACAGAGAAGGAGGGUCAUGGGGCUCCAUGAUGCCACCCUGACCUCCCCAGUUUCGCGGUGCAGCGGCUCCGUGGUCACGAGCCCAGGCCCCUUCUACACACUCUGCCCCACUGUCUCAGCUCUGGCCUUCACUGUCACGGUCACCUUAUGGUACAGAUGGCUGCUGGGCGUGAAGAGACACGGCCAAGCAAGAACAGGGGGCCAGGACAGAAGGGGUGCCCUUUCCAGCCAGAUCAGCUCCCUUUCGACUUUCCAGGAGGUCUUGGUCGCCAGAACUGAGUCACAUGGCCACACCUCCCUGCAAGAAAGGCUGCGAGUUCUUUAA